GUGUUACGUCAGCCGGAACCCGGAAGUGUGCAGCUUGUUGUGAGCUGGUGAUUCCACGGCUGCUGGUUCCGUCCCGGGUUUAGCUGAAAUGGCAGGUUCGGGUCGGUCCGUGUCCGCCGCCCUGCUCGUGCUGGUGCUGGCGGGCAUGAGCGGGCGCGCCUCCGCGGUGUCCGAAGUGGGGACGUGGAUGCUGACCGUGGACAGCGAGAGCGUGAAGAUGCAGAAUCUUUUCUUUUUCACCAAAACUCUGUUUAACAACAGCAUCAUCAGCCUGAAAGUUGUGUCACAGAACUGCUCGGCGUCCCCUCCCGUCCUGCUCAAAGUCUCGUGGUAUCUGAGGAGCUCGCACUGCUACAAAGAGAUCUUCCACGAGGACGCAAAGUCCAACUAUUUUAAGAGUUACUUCAAAUCCGAUGAGGUGCGAUUGAAAGGAGGAAGCGGGUAUUUCGUCUUCCACGAGUAUCCCACCUUCAACUGCAGCUUCAACAAGAACCUGGACGUGUUCAGCGUGGGCAAGUAUGACCAGAAGAAGCAUCUGAAGGAAAUGCAGCAGAACCCGCUCGCCACCGAGAAGGCUUCAGGGAGGAGAAAGAGGAGCCCGGAUCUCCCAAAACCAAAGCUGAACGCAUCAGGAAACUCCUCCUCCAAACAGGCGCCCGUCCAGCCUCACUCGGAUGGCGUGGCUCAGACCUGGGAGGACGGGCCGUACAUGUUCAUCCUCAGCAUCGAAGACGUCAGCAAGAACCGUCCCGCCGACGCCCCCUGGAGUCUGCAGAUGCGGAUCAGCAUGAAGGGUCCUCACGACUACAUCUCCGCCUCCGAGUGGCCUCUGAUGGUGUUCUACAUGGUGAUGUGCAUCGUCUAUGUGCUGAUGGCGGUUCUGUGGCUGGUUCUGUCCGCCUGCUACUGGAGAGACCUGCUCAGGAUCCAGUUCUGGAUCGGAGGCGUCAUUUUCCUGGGCAUGCUGGAGAAAGCCGUGUACUACGCCGAGUACCAGAGCAUCCGAUACGAAGGCUUCUCGGUCCAGGGGGCGGUGGUGUUCGCCGAGGUGCUCUCGUCGGUGAAGAGGACUCUGGCCCGGGUGUUGGUCAUCAUCGCCAGCCUGGGAUACGGCAUUGUGAAGCCCCGCCUCGGUGCUUUGAUGCACAGAGUCGUGGGCGUCGGCCUGCUCUACCUCAUCUUCUCCGUCAUCGAGGGAACCCUGCGGGUCAACACCGACCGUGGAGAUAACGGCAGCAGUAUGAUCAUUUGUCAGAUAGCGCUGUCCCUCAUUGACUCCUGUAUUGUCUGGUGGAUCUUUGUGAGUCUGGCUCAGACCAUGAAGCUGCUGAAGCUGAGGAGGAACGUGGUGAAGCUGUCGCUCUACAGACACUUCACCAACACGCUCAUCUUCGCCGUCAUAGCUUCUGUCAUUUUCAUCGCUUGGGCCACCAAGACCAUCACUCUGUCCGUGUGCCAGGCUGACUGGAGGGAACUGUGGAUCAACGACGCCUUCUGGCGCUUCCUGUUCUCCACCAUCCUGCUGGUCAUCAUGUUCCUGUGGCGCCCGUCGGCCAAUAACCAGAGGUACGCCUUCAGCCCGCUGGUGGACGAGGAGAGCGAGGAAGAGGAGAAGGAGCCCAUGAUGAACGAAGCUUUCGAGGGGAUGAAGAUGAGGGGCAUGAAGGUGGAGACCAACGGCACGGCCAAAGCCAGCAAAGUGGAUGAAGACCUGAAGUGGGUGGAGGAGAACAUCCCGUCAUCCAUGGCGGACGUAGCGCUGCCCCCCCUGCUGGACUCGGACGAGGAAAUCGUGACGACCAAGUUUGAGAUGUCCAAAAUGGAGUGAAUGGGACGAGAAGUUAGAGGAAAGACUGUCAGAGGAUGAGGUUGCCGCUGGAGGCGGAGCAAAUGAAGGCGUUGACGAGCACGACGGAGGAGCUGCAGGGAGGAGGCGGAGCGAGGCGUCCUCAUCCCUGAGUUUAGGAGCUUCGGAAGCUUUGGUGUAAAUACGGCGGCAUCAGAGACGAUCACAGCGGCACGCCAGCCUUUUACUGUCCUUUUUGUUUCUAUUUAAUCUGUGUUCACGCUUUAUUUUGGCGAGCUUCCUCCGCUGCAGAAUGCCCCCCGCCCCUUCAGGAGUUUUGUUUUUUCUCUGCUUCGCCACGGCGUGAAGCGCGGCGCCGUGAAAGCUCCUUCCUUUCUGUUUGUGGUUGCAGGUGCUCCGGGUUGUCGUGUUCCUUCAGCACCGAGAUGUUCUGUCUUUGUGUGUUUUUUAAAGAGCUGAAACCACGACGGUCGCGUGCUGUGAUGAGUCCUCGGCUGGUGUGAAUGGGAUCAGAUCCACUGAAACCUCGGGACUGAAACGGGGUGGUUUCGUGGAAACAGAUUUAUUAAGAUGUGAAAAAGUUCAAAAAUUAAACAUUUAUUGACACAAAA